UCUAGAAUUCCGGUGUGCUUAAACAAAAUUAUAUAUUCAUCGUCAACUACUACACAUACUGCAAACGAACGAAGAAGCAAAAUCAAUGGCGAACACGGAAGCAGAAGAGAAACCGGUGAUGAUCGUGGGAAUCGACGACAGCGAUCACAGUUUUUACGCACUUGAAUGGACUCUGGAUCACUUUCUAGCAUCUUCUGCUCCCAACACUCCCUUCAAGCUAAUCGUUGUUCAUUCCAAACCUUCUCCUACUUCCGCUAUAGGUUUCGCCGGUCCUGGUGCGGCUGAUGUGUAUCCGUUUGUUGAUUCGGAUUUGAAGAAGAUUGCUGCGAGAGUAGUGGAAAAGGCGAAGGAGCUCUGUCAUUCGAAAUCGGUGGAUGACGUGCUUGUUGAAGUUGUGGAAGGUGAUGCUAGGAAUGUUCUAUGUGAAGCUGUAGAGACGCACCAUGCUAGGCGAAGCUUGGGGGGUCGAUUUUUCCCAAUUCCGCGGGGGCGAAAACGUAUAUACCUAAAAAUUUCUAUACGAAGGUACUGUUCAUAACACUACGCCCCCUCCCGCCCCAAGGAAGCUGCGCCCAU